GUGGGCUAUGUCGGCAGGGUAUGGUGCAUGCCUCAUUAAUAAGCCUGAACUUGUAAAAGACAUGGUGAGACAUGUCAGAAACCAAGUUGAAAAUCCAAACUACACAACCUCCAUCAAGAUAAGGAUUCACAAAGACUUGAGGCAGACGGUGGAUCUGUGUCAAAMGGCUGAAUCAGCUGGCGUGUCGUGGAUCACAGUCCAUGGUCGUACAACAGAAGAACGCCACCAGCCGGUUCAUUAUGACGCCAUAAAGACAAUCAAAGACAGUGUGUCUAUUCCUGUCAUUGCUAAUGGGGACAUCAAAUACCUUCGAGAUGUGGAGUCUACUCACCAGCUCACUGGUGUCGAUGGUGUGAUGGCUGCACGAGGAUUGCUUACGAACCCUGCCAUGUUUGCCGGAUAUGAAGAUACACCUUUACAGUGUAUAUGGGACUGGGUGGACAUUUCCACGGAACUAGGCACUCCGUUCACCUGUUUUCACCAACAUCUUAUCUACAUGCUGGAAAGAGUUACUUCCCAACCUGAGAAAAAGGCGUUCAACUCUCUGUCCAGUACCUCUGGUGUUUUAGAUUACCUCGAGAAUACGUACAGGUCGCUUCAGGAACUUGAAACAUAAUAAUAUGGGAGAGUAAUUGUUUGUGUUUGUUUGUUUUAAGGAAGUGUUUUGUUUUAUCAAAUAAAAUUGAAAGUUUUUAUUUGUA